AUGCUCGGGGGUGGAGGAGGGCUCCGUGAUUUCGAGUGGCAGAGGCUCUUGAGGCUUGUUGGUGGCUCCAGGGAUUUGGAAAGAGCGAGAGAGCUCCAUGGCGCCAUUCUCGCCUCUCGCAGCGAGCAUGAUGACAGCAGCCGGGGCACUUUUCUCUCGAAUCUGGUGCUCCAAAUGUAUGGCAAGUGUGGAAGUGUGGAAGACGCGAAGGUGGUGUUCGAGAACACGGCCGCGCGGAACAGCUUCUCGUGGACAAUGCUCGUUACUGCAUAUGCCCAGAAUGGGUAUGCGUGGGAUGCGUAUAGAUUGCUGGAAUUGAUGCCGGAGAGAAAUGUUUUGAGCUCCACUGCUGUGUUGAAAGCUUUCUCUGGACGCGGGCUUUGGCUUGAAAGCAAGGCCCUCUUUGAUCAUAUGCCCGAAAGGAACGAAAUCGCCUGGACUGUCAUGGUGGAGGCAAAUGCCCAAAUGGGGCAUUUUCUGGAAGCGAAGAAAGCGUUUGAUUUCAUGCCACUCCAUUGCGUUGUGUCUGCGACAACAAUGGUAGCUGCUUUUAGCAAGCACGGUAAUGUACCUUCUUGCAAAAUGGUUUUCGAUGUAAUGCGCGAGAGAAACUGCCUGAGCUGGAUCACUCUCUCGGAUGCAUUUGCCGAGAACGGGUAUUUUGAGGAAUCUCUUUCGGUAUUCACAAGCAUGCCAGUGUGGGACAAAGUGUCAUCAACUGCAAUGCUCAAGUCGUGUGUUAAGCACUCUGAGCACGAUCUGGCGAAGAUGAUCUUCGAAACCAUGCUCUACAAGGAUCACGUUGCGUGGACCACGAUGAUCAUAGCAAAUGCCCAAGCGGGGCAAAUGCUUGCCGCGAAACACGCUUUCGAUUCCAUGGAGAAGCGUGAUCUUGUCUCGUGGACAGCAAUGGUGGCGGCGUUUUGCUCCAACGAAGACAUCUCCACCGCGAAAAAUCACUUUGAUCGAAUGCCCAAACACAGUGUCGUUGCGUGGAACGAGCUUGUCAAAGCGACAAUCACCGCAGGCAUGAUCGAGGAGGGGCGGGCGCUCUUCCACCGGAUCCCACAGCCGGAUUCCUUCUCCUGGACCUCUGCCAUCGCCUCGCUCGCGCAGCGCCGCCACUUUGCCGCCGCGGAGGAGCUCUUCGCCGCCAUGCCCGAGCAGCUUAAGGAUACUGUCGCCCACACGGCGAUGCUUCGAGCGCUGCUCUCUUCCGACGCGAUCGAUCGAGCAAAGGCCGUGUUUGAUGCCAUGGAGAGGAGAGAUGGGGUGGCCUGGGCGACGAUGCUCCAGGGAUUCGCGCAGAGAGGGGGUGGUAGAUUUCUGGAAGAUGCCCAGAGAGUGUUCUUGGCGAUGCCUUGCAGGAAUUCUUUCUCCUACACGACGAUGGUGGCGGGGUUUUGCGAGGCCGACCGGAUCGAGCAAGCGCAGAGCCUCUUCUGGGCGAUGCCGGAGAGGGACGUGGUGGCCUGGACGGUGCUCCUGGCGGCGGUUGGGCAGGCGGAUCAUCUGCCUCUCUCGCGGGCGAUGGAGCUCUUCGAUUCCAUGCCGGAGAGGAACGUCCUCUCGUGGAAUGCUCUGCUGGGCGCUUGCUCGCGCGGCGAGAGGGACCUCGAUUGCGCCAGGAGCGUCUUCCUCGCGAUGCCGCAACGCGAUCGGGGCUCGUGGGUCGCGAUGAUCGCUGCCGUCGCGCAGCUCGGCGAUCUCGAGGAGGCGCGCUCGAUCUUCGACGAGGCUCCGGAGCAGGCGUCGGGGGCCUGGGCGGCGAUUGUCCAGGGCUACGCGAAUCGGGGGCAGCUGAAAGAGGCGAGGAGGAUCUUCGAGCAAAGCGCUGCUAGCGAUCGAUCGCCCAUAGCCUGGAACGCCUUGAUCGCGGCCUACGCAGAGAAUGGCAACCUUGGCGAGGCGAGGGCCCUCUUCGACGAGAUGCCGUCGGAUUCCCGCGACGCGGCCACGUGGACGGCCAUGAUCGGCGGGUACGCCCAGCGCGGGAAUCUUGAAAUGGCGGAAGAGCUCUUGGAGAAUAUACCGCCGGGGUUUGAAACAAUUGGCGCCAAGAACGCAGUGCUCGCCGGGCACGCCCAGAUCGGCGCGAUGGAGCGAGCUCUGGAAAUCUUCCAAUCCAUGGAAGAGAAGGACGCAGCUAGCUACACGGCAAUGGUGGCUGGAUUCGCCCGCGCGUCCAAUCUCGUCCCCGCGCGCGAGCUCUUCGAUCAAACACCCCACAAAGACAUCGUCGCCUGGAACACGAUCCUCGCAGCUUUUGCCCAGGCUGGGCAUCUCUCGCAAGCGCUGGAGAUCUUCGACAACAUCCCGCGUCCCAAUCUCACGUCUUGGAACGCGAUCAUCGCCGGUUUCGCUCACUCUCACCGCGGCCAAUCUGCGCUCCAGCACUUCCACUCAAUGCUUCUCCACGGGAUCAAAGCCGACGCCACCACCUUCUCGGGAGUUCUUCGCGCUUGCAGCCACACUGGCUUGCUCGAGGAGGCCUCGAGCUACUUCGUGCUACUGGCGAGAGAUCUGGGGGUGAGGCCCGGCCGCGAGCAGUACCAGUGGAUGGUUGAUAUCGUGUCGAGGUUGGGCCAGCUCGAGCUCGCGGAGGAGCUCAUCAAAGCCAUGCCUUUCUUUCCAAACGACGUUGCGUGGGGGUCGCUUCUGACUGCCUGUGGAACCCAGGGGGAUUUGGAGCGAGCCAAGAGGAUUUCCAGCCACGCUGUGGCUGCCGCCGCGAAGAACUCUGGGAGGUAUGUCGCCUUUGCAAACGUUGUUGCCGACCAGAGCUGCUACGCGAAUGGAGGUGACUAG